AUGCCUGUAAUUGUACUGGAGGCCAGUGAUCUGACCAGCCCUCUGUCGCUGGUGCGUAUGUGGGCUCUCCUGUCCGGUUGCCUCACCUUCAGCCUGGUAGCCUCCCUGGUUCCCUCGGAGCUGACCUCUGACAUCCACCAGCCCUCCUUCAGGAUCCUCUGCAUGUUCACCUGGUGCCUCUUCUUCAUCCUCACCUUCCUAAUACACGUGGUCAACAUCAUCCAGUUCCACAGCCUGGUCCCCAUCUCCUGGAAGAAUCUGACCGUGACCGUGGCGGCUCUCGCCGCCCUCAUGACCUUCAGCGCCUCGGUCACCUUUCCUUGGGCGGUCAUGGGUCAUGAAGGUGUCUGGCCCCGUCCUAUCGCCGCCACCUUGGCAUCGUGUCUCACCUUCCUGGCCUAUGCAACCGAGGCCUACCUCAUCCGCACCCAGACCCAGGACCAGAAGGGCUACAUGGCCAGCGUACCCGGCCUGCUCAAGGUGCUCCAGCUCUGGGGAGGAUGUGAGAUGAUCGUCCUGGUGGUGGAGCAGGUCCGUGGAGCUUUGGUAAAAGGAGCUGGGGUAGGGUUGGCAGCUGUGGGUUGGCAGCUAUGGGUGUCUGGGGUGGUGUAUGCCCUCUGUCUCCUAAUGUCCCUGGGUACAGUGAUGGUGGUUCUAGGGGACUGUGCUGGGCGAUGCCCUCUGCCCUUUGACCGCCUGCUGGCAAGCUUCAGUCUGACAGGGGUGCUUCUCUAUGUGGUCGCCACCGUACUGUGUUUUACCAGAGUCCUGGAGCUACAAAACUCCGGCCAAGACUUCACAGACAGGAAAACUGGGCCCACCAUUGUUGUCAUGGAAGCGGUGAUGACCAGCAUUACUCUGCUAGCUUACACUGUGGACCUGGCCUUCUCUAUCAAACUGCUGCGGGAUAGGAGUCAUGCCUGA